UAAAUUUGAAUUAAAAAUGAAGCCAUUUGAAUUUAGCCAUCCCCAAUCGGACGGAGGCAAUAGGUUUAGUGCUACUUCAGGGUAUGUAGACCAGGAAGGUAGGAACUCAGAAGUUAAAGGAAAUAUGAUUUUGGAGAAAAAGCAGAGACUUCUUGAAGACUUUGGCAAAGAAGAAGGAUUCCAAGACCAAGACUUGCUAUCUAGAGAGCAAGUGAGAUCAAUCCUGAAUAAGAAAUUGAGAAAUGAAGGGAAAGUAUUUGAUGACGAAUUAAUUGACGCAAUUUUUUCAGAUAAAAGCAGUAUCAAUAGAGACAUUGAGGGGAGGAUAUCAAAGAGAGAUUUAUGUGAUGCUUAUAUUGAAAUAGAAAACUAUUUCUGUGAUAAUAUUGGCAAAUGCAACUAUAAGAUUUUGGAACUUAAGAAUAUAAAAUCUGAGUAUGAAGCCCAACUAAGAGAGGUCGCCCAGACUGAAGUUGCAAAUCAGCAUGGAAUAAUGGAGAAGAGUACACUGACAGUAACUGUUAUUGAGGCAAGAUAUAUAAAGCUAACUGACUAUGAUUCUCAAGGUGAUCUUUAUGUAGUGAUAGAAUGUGGGAGCCAAUCUUCUCAGACUCAGCAUAAAGAAGGAAUGAAAACUCCAAUUUGGGAUGAAAGUUUUACCUUUGACAUUGUAAAUGGCAAAGAAGAAAUUAGAGUUUCUGUGAUGGAUAGAAAUAUGAUGAAGCAGGAUUCGGUAGUUGGAGUGCUUUAUAUUCCUAUUCAAACUCUUUCAGAUCAACAAAAGGUUGAAGAUUGGUUUAACCUGGAAGAUCCUCAAGGUGGAUAUGGGGAAUCAAAUGGGAGAAUUAGGCUCCAACUUUGGUGGGUUUAUAGUAAAACCAAGCUGAUAGAAGAUAGAAUAGUUCAAACGGAUGAAGAUAUUGAAAAGAUUUACAGUGAUAAGAGUUACUAUACUACCAAGGUAACUCAAUUGAGAGAGCCCUUCCCGUGGAUUGAGAACAUUACUCAAAAUCAAAGCAGUAAUUUCUCAACAAUAAAAGGACAUUCUGCAAAUGACUACAGUAUAGCAACUUAUAAAAGUGAUGAAUCUGAGGAUGAAGAAAUGAAAGUUAAUCCAAUAGUCCAAGCUAUCAAUAAAGUUUUUCCUGUUGAGAGAGCAGUAGCUAAAGGAGUAGAUAACACAUUUGAUAAUUUUUCAACAGAAAUAUUGGGAUUAAGAUCAACUCCUUGGUUUAAAAUGAUGCAAUGGUCAGCUAUUAUUUACAACAUUCUUACUCUCUGCUCUUGCUUCAUGAGGACAGAUUUUGUGAAUCUCUCUGCUUGAGUGCUUAUCUGUUUUAGCAUUUCUAAAGUGGAUAUCCUGAAAAGAUGGCAAUUCAGAUUGAUUGUUUAUAGUCUUCUGGUUUCUUGGAUUGCAGAUCUUAUUUGGUUAAUUAUGCAUACCUCACCAUGGUGGAGAAGAGUCAGAUAUGAUGGAGAUGUAGAACUCAGUAUCAGAAGAUUUGUGGUUAUAAUAUCUUUCCUGUCCUUCCUGUUUAGAAUAUUUGUAAUAAUAAUCUUCUGGAAGUUCUCCUUAUACCACAGAAAGAGGAUGUCGAUCUAAAUAUCCUUUGGACAAUUUGCUUCUUUACUUCAAACUCAUUAAAAGUUUGGCUUUACUAAACAAUGACCAUAAAACCAGCCUUGAAAAUACAUCUUAUUAAUC